CACGAUUCGGGUGUGCUACGCCUCCACGACUUGAUCCCUGAAAUUUUUAGUGGUCGCUGAAGCUGUGCGCGCCAUCCAAGCCACCGUUCACUUCACCCUCACCACUUCUAGGCAUUCUGAAUCGCAACAUCAAAGGGCAUCCAUACCUUUCGGUCCGGCAGGCAGCUGUGACACACGCUAAAGAGACCGACGCGCUCAAAUCGCCCGGUCGCAACUCAAAGGACAUCUACAAAGCCUACCACAGAAGUGGAGAUCUCCCCUUGCGCCAAGCCAUCAUGGAUUUCUCCAGCUUUAGCGGCUCCGAGCAAGCUGCUAUGCAGCAGAUCAUCGAGAAGAAGCAGAUGAAGGACUUCAUGAAGCUCUACACUGGUCUGGUAGAGCGAUGCUUCGACAGCUGCUGCAACGACUUCACCAGCAAGGCUCUGAGCACCAAAGAAGAAGCCUGCGUGGCAAAUUGCACACAAAAGUGGCUCAAACACUCUGAAAGGGUGGGCGCUCGCUUCCAGGAGGAGAAUGCAAAGAUGAUGUCAUCUGCUGCUCAGGGAAAGUAAGGGGCAGCGCAGUCUCGGCAAGGGGAACGAAGGGGCCGCGGAUGGGUAUGAGGAUCAGUAGCAGUCUGGCUGAUUACACAGAGGG